CAUCCCUGUUUAUUAUGGCUGUUUGACAAUUGGACUUGUUUUCAUUAUUUUCUAUAUAUUUAUUCACGCCGUCUGUAGAAAACGCUGAACGCAACUUAAAAUACACGUAAUUUUAAUCCAAGAGCAUAUCCAUUUACUAAAGAAGCAUGCCGUUUAUGAAAGGAAAGGCGCCGGUUCGCCGGUCAAUUCAAUAUCUCAGCGCUGGCCGUCUGGCAUUGAAAGAAAAGAUAAAAAUCUUUAGCGUCAACUACAAUACUUACGGAAGUCAUCACGAGGGAGCUAGAGAUUUUGUAUUUUGGAACAUUCCCCAAAUACAGUACAAAAACCCAAACGUGCAAGUUGUAACCUUCAAAAAUAUGACUCCAUCUCCUUUCAUUCGUUGUUACUUUGAUAACGGGCAGCAAAUGUUAAUCGAUAUUGACAGCAAAAACCGAAAUGAUAUAAUGCAACAUUUAAUUAGGGUAGUUGGAAAGUCGCUUGAAACACUUUCUGCCGAAGCCAAGCUAGCGGAAAAACAAGACAAUCCGGCCAACUUUGGUGUAGGUUGUGCGAAGCCCUGCAUAUGCACUAUCCCCGGUCAGCUGCCCUGCCCCGGCGUAGUUCCGGUACCCAAGCAUAUGCGCGGUAAGUACAAGUACCAGCAGAAGGAUUAAAAAAUUGCAAUGUAUCAGUUUAAUGCUUUUAUUAAAAACAAUAGUGGUUGCUUAGUUCAUUAAGUUAAAUUUUAAAA